UUAUAUCCUCAAAGCCAAAGUUGCUCACUCUUUCACACACACACACACUGCUCCAAGUCCCCACUUCUUCUUCUUCUUCUUCUUCUUCUUCUUUAGCAAAUCUCCCAUCAUAAUACCUCCACACCGUUGCUUAACGGUUUCUUUUUAUUCUCUCCUGUUUCCAAUUUUUCCCCUCUAUUUACAAAGAUCAUGAUCUCGUGGCACGACCUAUACACGGUCCUCACGGCCGUGAUUCCUCUCUACGUAGCUAUGAUCCUCGCUUACGGCUCAGUCCGGUGGUGGAAGAUCUUCUCUCCGGACCAAUGCUCCGGAAUAAACCGCUUCGUCGCAAUCUUCGCCGUCCCUCUCCUCUCUUUCCACUUCAUCUCCACAAACAACCCAUACGCCAUGAACCUCCGUUUCAUCGCCGCCGACACACUCCAGAAAAUCCUCAUGCUCGGUCUCUUAGUCCUCUGGGCUAACUUCACACGCUCCGGUAGCCUCGAGUGGAGCAUCACCAUCUUCUCCCUCUCCACACUCCCUAACACACUCGUCAUGGGGAUUCCUCUCUUAAUCGCCAUGUACGGCGAUUACGCCGGCUCUCUCAUGGUCCAAGUCGUCGUCCUCCAGUGUAUCAUCUGGUACACUCUCCUCCUCUUCCUCUUCGAGUUUCGCGGCGCCAAGAUGCUCAUCAUGGAGCAGUUCCCCGAAACCGCCGCGUCAAUCGUUUCGUUUAAAGUUGAAUCCGACGUCGUUUCCCUCGACGGCCAUGAUUUUCUCGAGACCGACGCUGCGAUCGGCGACGACGGGAAGCUUCACGUCACCGUGAGGAAAUCUAACGCUUCCCGUCGGUCUUUCUGUGGGCCGAACAUGACUCCACGGCCAUCGAAUCUCACCGGAGCUGAGAUUUACAGCUUAAGCACUACUCCAAGAGGAUCUAAUUUUAACCACUCUGAUUUCUACUCGAUGAUGGGUUUCCCCGGUGGCCGUCUCUCCAAUUUCGGUCCGGCGGAUAUGUACUCUGUGCAGUCUUCGAGAGGACCUACUCCGAGACCUUCGAACUUCGAGGAGAAUUGCGCUAUGACAUCCUCCCCGAGAUUCGGGUAUUACCCGGGAGGAGGAGCCGGGUCUUACCCCGCUCCGAAUCCCGAGUUUUCUUCAACAACUACCACAUCCAAUAAAGCCAUCAGUAAAAAUAUUAAAGACAUUAACAACAAUCAGCAAGCCGGCGGCAAGGCCAAUAAUCAUGACGCGAGCGCAAAGGAACUCCACAUGUUCGUGUGGAGCUCCAAUGGGUCACCCGUUUCGGACCGGGCGGGUCUUAAUGUUUUCGGUGGAGCUCCUGAUUCGGGAUCGAAUAAUGAACAAGGUGGAAGAUCCGAUCAAGGUGCCAAAGAGAUUCGGAUGUUAGUCCCCGACCAAUCUCAGAACGGCGAGAACAAAGGUCUAGCUCGUCCGGCGAGUGGAGACUUCGGGGGUGAACAAUUUAGUUUCGCCGGAAGAGAAGAAGAAGAAAGAGCGAAAGACGCCGAAAGCGGGCUGAACAAACUUGCUCCAAAUUCCACGGCGGAGCUACAAUCGAAGACAGGCCUCGGAGUCGCCGCCGGAGGAGAAGCAAGUCACGGGAAACAGAUGCCGCCGGCGAGCGUGAUGACAAGGCUGAUUCUGAUAAUGGUGUGGAGGAAGCUAAUCAGAAACCCAAACACUUACUCCAGUCUCAUCGGCCUCAUCUGGGCUCUCGUCGCUUUCCGGUGGCACGUGGCAAUGCCGAAAAUCAUUCAGCAAUCUAUCUCCAUUCUAUCUGAUGCUGGUCUUGGAAUGGCAAUGUUCAGUUUGGGGUUGUUCAUGGCGUUGCAACCCAAAUUAAUCGCUUGUGGGAACUCCGUGGCAACAUUUGCUAUGGCCGUUAGGUUCCUCACUGGCCCGGCCGUGAUGGCCGUUGCCUCCAUAGCUAUUGGACUGCGUGGUGAUUUACUGCGUGUCGCAAUUGUUCAGGCCGCUUUACCUCAAGGGAUUGUGCCAUUUGUGUUUGCAAAGGAGUACAAUGUUCAUCCUGCUAUUUUGAGUACCGGGGUAAUAUUCGGAAUGCUUAUAGCGCUUCCGAUCACGCUGGUUUACUACAUUCUACUCGGAUUAUAAGCUUUUGAUUAUGAAAAGUGAAAACCCCAAAAAUAGAUCAAUUGUAGAGGGAGAAGGAACAAAAGAGAGUUUCAACUUGUGGGUGGAACAGACUAAAAAAGCUUAGAGUAUGUAAGUAAAGACUAGGGAGUAGCAUGAUUUAAGGAUGAUGAUGCCUACAUUACAAGCCAAGAAACCCUUUCUUCUCCAUAUUUUAUACAUAGAAUAUUGGGGAAUGAUUUGAGUAAGACAAUGGGACGCAGAUAAGGAGGAGCAAAACAUGGGGCAACGAGACAAGAUAAAGAUAAAUAAAAGAUUGGAAGAAGAAGACAACUUAUUAUUUUUGUAACUUUUGUUUGUUUUACACAAGUCCCUUUUUCUCAUGUGUUCUUUUAUUAGAUUUCGGGUAACAAUUAAUUGAUUUCUGUGUAGUUUAUUUUUCUUAGCGAAGAAAAGUGUGGUUUGAUUUUUGAA